ACAGUGUGUGCGAACACAUCUACACAUCGCUAUAGUCUAUAGAUCGGCACAAAUGUGUGCACACAUACAGUGUAUAACACAGUGAAUACAGUCUACUGUCGAUAAAUGACUGGCAAUGAGAGACACUUUUAGUGCCGAUAUAUCUGUUAGACAUCAAUAUAACCAUAAUUUUAAUCAUUUAAUCAUUUAUUUAUUCAACAAUUGAUACAAACAUUUAUUAUACCAUUUCAUACACGCAAUGAUUAUGUGAUUGUGAAUCCCAUAUAGAUUUUAUACAAACUAUUAUUGCUAUUAAUUAUUAUUAUUAUUAUUAAACCAAUUGUUUGUUAUUAUAAACAGUUUUAAUUAGCAUUUUAUUUACAAUUUGUGCGACAAAAACAACUCAACGACUAAAAGGCCAUUGAGUUUACAUAUUAUUAAACCAUUUGUGUUGUUAUUAUGAUAUCUAUUAUUACCUAUUAUUAUAUGCAUUGAUAUCUGGUUUUUGUGUCACUUUUUUUGAUACAUCGCUUGUAUUUGUAUUGAAUUUUAUUUGUUAUUAAACGACACAAAAAAAUAAAACAUUAAUAACAAUAGAAAGGAUCACUUGUUUUGUGACAUCGGAACCGCUGUAUUGUUAAUAGUGUGGACACCACGUGAUUGGAGUGGACAGAGAGAAGGGAACGGAUCUAAUCAUCGGUAUGGAAGCGAUCGCCAAACAUGACUUCAACGCCACCGCCGAUGACGAGCUUAGCUUUAGACGGGGCGAAGUGCUUAAGGUGCUCAAUAUGGAAGACGACACCAAUUGGUUUCGGGCCGAACUCGACGGUCGCGAAGGACUUAUUCCCAGCAAUUAUAUCGAAAUGAAACCUCACGACUGGUAUUACGGGCGCAUUACCCGCGCGGACGCCGAGAAGCUGUUGUUAAACAAACACGAGGGCGCUUUCCUCAUCAGAGUUAGCGAGAGCUCUCCCGGAGACUUCUCCCUAUCCGUCAAGUAAUUGCCCGUUCAUUACACGCCUUAACGCCCAC